GUGGAGAUCAUCGAGCCCCGCUCCCAGGAGCGGAUGUACGUUAACCUGACCACUGGCGAGUGCGGCUGGGAGCCCCCUCCCAACCUGAAGGUACGCCAGUCAGACCAGAAGCAGUGGUGGGAGCUCUUCGACGAGAACAACAACCGCUUCUACUACUACAAUGCCAUCACGCAGCAGACGGUGUGGCACCGGCCCCAGGGCUGCGACAUUGUGCCCUUGGCACAGCUCCAGGCCAUGAAACGCAGCUCCCAGCCCGACUGCCGGGUGCGACAGCACCGGGGCAGCACCGGCAGCGAAGGCAACACCCCCAUCCAAAUGGCCCUGCUGCAGGAGAUGGAGAAGGGCAAGGGGGACUGCGCCGCAGAGAAGAGGAAGGACCCCGGCAGGGAGACUCCAACCCACUGGCAGCCUCUGCCAGGCACAAAAGCAGCCAUGUUGGUCAAAGUGAACAGUUUGAGGCAGGUACAGAGCUCUUCAAACAGUUCCCUUCAGUUCCAGAGCGCUCCAGAAGCCAACAGCCAAAAACCUCUUCCAAAACCAGCCAUAUAUGCUCAGCCUCAAUCCAUGUCUCAGAGCCCUGGAGCCACAAAGCACACGCCUACAGGAGAAACAAAGCAGUCUAUGCAGAUUAAAAAGACGGAGAAUGGUGGGUUUUGCCUAGUGCUGAUGAAUGGUCCAACUUCUCAAACACCUCCAAGGAGCCAGACAGGAACCCCCCAGCCUGCAUCCCCCAAGUAUGCCUCCCCUGCACCUAUCUACGAUGAGCCAUCUUUAGAGUCUCCAAUUUAUGAUGAACCACCGAUAGAUAUGGACACUGAAAGCGUCAGUACAAGUGGGAUGUCUCCACCAAGGUCGCCAAGCAAUAGCUUAAAAAAGCAUCUGCAACCAACCAAAUUAUUGCAGCAUCCGGGUAUGCAACAGCAGCAAGCUGCAAAGAAGCACGGAAGAAAUCCUUCUUCCACCGAGUACAGCCCGGCUGGCAGAGAAUAUAUAAAACACAUGGUCAAUGUUGACCAGUUUUCCAAAUUCCCCCACUCUGCUGCUGCAACAGCUGAUGCCUCUACAAAGCUGCCGGGUCAGCUUACUUCAAAGGACAGCUUCAAGCAAUCUUGGAAGAUCUUGGAAGCCAAUGUCCUCAAGAACAUGGAAGCCCACCACAGUCGGCAGAACAGCCUGCAAACUCAAGAGUACCCAACUGGUAUAAGCCAUCAGGAUUCUGGUUAUUCGACAGGCCCUUCUCCAAGCCUGAGAAAAAGGAAAGGAAGGAGGCAAGGGACAGGUCAAGGAAGACCUGGCUCUGUGGGCAGCAGCAGCGAGCUCACAGCUUUGAAUGAUAAGCUGAUCGCUGAGAUGCGAGCUGUGGUGGGCCGGUCAGCGGCUUGCAGGGGAAGCAAAGCCAGCCUCGAUGCUGAAAGUCUGGAGGGUGGCAUCCUGGCAGAGAGCAGCAAAGUCAGGUUUCAGUCUGACCACUUGAAAAAAUGCAUCAGCCGGAGCUCAAGGGACGACGUCUCGGCUAGUAGUCGGUCUCUGUAUAGACAAGGCCUGGAGAGCAGGGGCAGCUUUCCUAACGAUGUGGCUGCUCCACAGGACAUGAUGAGGCAGAAGAGGACUUUUGAGAAAAUAGAUUCUUUAGAAAAGAAUGUGACCAGCCAGACAAGUUUGGCUUCAUCAGAUGCUACACGCCACUCCUCCCAGCCUGGGACAAUAGAGUUGGACCCCAAGCAGGAGAGCAGUGGCCAGCCUGCCAGCUGUGUGGGAUACCACUUCCCUUACAAUACCCUACGGAAGCCCAUCUCUCAGAGCAGCAUGGCAGACUGGGCUUCCAAAAACCUGAACAUGCACACGCAGGGCAUCUUCCGCCGAAGGAUCUCCAUCUCCAACAUGCUGUCCUGGAAUGGCGGCUCCAUCAAAAAACCCAUGCUCAUCACUAGCAACCGUGCCAUCAAAAAAGAGGCAUGCGAGAUGUUCAAACUGGUGCAGAGCUACAUGGGAGAUCGUCAGACUCGCAUGGACCGGAAUCACGUGGCGUUGGUCACGGUCACCAAGUGCUGGAGCAUGCAAGGUUUACGGGAUGAGCUCUACAUACAGCUGAUCCGGCAGACAACAGAUAAUAUGUGCUACCGAAGUCUGGCAUGGGGCUGGGAACUGAUGGCCAUCAGCCUGGCCUUUUUCUCCCCAUCACCCAAAUUUCAGUCUUACCUGGAAGGUUACAUUUAUCGCCACCUUGACAGUGAUGAAAACAUUGCCCAGCGCAUCAAGGAGCUUGUGGAUCUGAAAAAUAAGAAGAACUCAAAAUCCAGGAAAAAGAGGAAACAAAACACUGAGGAUGAAG